ACGAAAGUGUGUGUGUGAGUGGGAGCAGAAGCAGAGACUCUGCAGUGUCUUGGCAGCUGCAGCAGUGCAUCUCCCACCACCGUCCACGAUGCCUCCACGGAUGAUACCCGCCUCCUCCGCCUUCACCUGACCGCAGAAACCGAUAUGAAGUCGUCGGGAAACUGAUCCGGACGUUCACACCUGCUCGCUGUCUGUAUGCCCCCCACCUCCUUCCCUUCCGACACCCCCAGGAGUCAGUCAGGAGAGCUUCAUCCACGCACCCAAAGCCAUUUGGCGAGAAUUUUAUUUUAUUGUAUUUUUUAUUUAUUUUUUUAUGGAAAAUGGCGAUAGGAAAAAAAUCUCGCAGCAUCGUCUGCUUAGUAUCAGUCCAAGUCCUCCUGAUUUUCAGCGCAUCAUGGCCUGGAGCACAGAGUCUUACAUUCCCACAGCAAUACACGAUAAUGCACUGGGCCAGGCGGAUCCAGCAGGAGAUUGACAGAGCCUUUCAGCACAUCACUGGAGUUCAGCAGCUGAAAGGGAUAUACAAUGAAGAAAGGCGACACUUUAAGUUGGCGAAGAAUGAGCCGCGCAGGAUUGUAGAAAAGGUGGCCUUGGAUAUAGAAAAACUCCUGGCAAAGAAGCGUAAAGCACUUGAUCGAUUAGCGAGUGAAGCAGAGCGGCUCCAACGGGAACAUCUAUGGCAAGAUGGACUUAAGGAGCUUGACAUGGCCUACUAUGACUCCAAAGCUGAUUUGGAAUAUUACUCCAUGGAUGGAGAGGCAGAGGUGGAAAACCCCUCCCAACUCAAGCUGGAGUUUGUGUACGAUCCAAACUUCAAAAAUAAUGUCAACUUCUCGCACACUGCAGUUCAGAUCCCGACAGAUAUUUACAAAGGAGCUCCAGACAUCCUGAAUGAGCUGAACUGGACGCAGGCGUUGGAGAGAGUGUUUAUGGAGAACAGCAGGGAGGAUCCGUCGCUGCUGUGGCAGGCGUUUGGGAGCGCGACAGGAGUCACUCGCUACUAUCCAGCAUCUCCGUGGAAAGCGCCUGACAAAAUCGACCUGUACGAUGUCCGGAGGAGGCCUUGGUACAUCCAGGGGGCUUCAUCUCCCAAAGACAUGGUCAUCCUUGUUGAUGUGAGUGGCAGCGUCAGCGGACUCACGCUCAAACUGAUCAAGGCGUCUGUCAUGGAAAUGCUGGACACUUUAUCUGACGAUGACUACGUCAACGUGGCCAGAUUCAAUGAGAAGGCUGAGGCAGUGGUCCCUUGCUUCAAGCAUCUAGUCCAGGCUAACGUGCGAAACAAAAAGAUUUUUAAGGAGGCCGUGCAGCAAAUGCAAGCUAAAGGCACCACUGACUACAAGUCUGGGUUUCAUUUUGCUUUUAACCAGCUUCUUAACAAGACAAAUGUCCCGCGGGCUAACUGCAAUAAAAUAAUUAUGCUGUUUACUGAUGGAGGGGAGGAUAGGGCUCAGGAUGUCUUCCUACAAUAUAACUGGCCCAACAAAACGGUCCGCGUGUUUACCUUUUCCGUGGGUCAACAUAACUACGACGUAACGCCUUUACAGUGGAUUGCUUGUACUAAUAAAGGUUACUAUUUUGAGAUUCGCUCCAUCUGUGCCAUACGGAUUAAUACCCAGGAGUACCUGGACGUUUUGGGGCGCCCUAUGGUUCUGGCAGGCGGCGAGGCCAAGCAGGUUCAGUGGACCAAUGUGUACCAGGACGCUCUAGGUCUGGGCCUGGUGGUGACGGGGACUCUGCCUGUGUUCAAUCUCAGUAUGAAUGGAAACUCACAGAAUCAGUUGAUAUUAGGCGUCAUGGGAGUGGAUGUACAUCUAGAUGAGAUAAAGCGACUGACACCACGCUAUAACCUUGGAGCCAACGGAUACAUAUUUGCCAUCGACCCAAAUGGAUAUCUGCUCCUCCAUCCUAAUCUCCAGCCGAAGCCUGUGAACCUCCCCGAACCCGUGACCUUGGACUUCCUGGAUGCAGAAGUAGAGGACAGUAAUAAGGAGGAGAUUCGACGACAAAUGAUUGAUGGAAAACCAGGAGAAAUGCAGAUAAAAACUCUCAUUAAUUCUGUUGAUGACCAAUACAUCGAUGAGGCAUACAGACGUUACACCUGGACUCCAAUCAAUGACACUGAUUACAGUCUUGGUCUGGUAUUACCUCCCUAUAGUGAGAACUUCAUCCAGGCAGACCUGAGCGAUGUGAUGGUGCAGCUCCAGUAUAUGCAGUCAUUGUUGCCGAGCUCCUUUGAGUCCUCCGGACAUGUUUUUCUGGCUCCCAGAGAAUACUGCAAGAACCUGCAGCUUUCUGAUAACAACACACAGUUCCUGCAGAACUUCCUCUCUCUCAUGCUGGAUAUCUCCCCAGAGUCCGAUGAAUGUGACCAAGGUCUCAUCCACAACCUUAUCCUGGAUUCAAGGAUUAUUGGUCAGCUUGCGUCUCGUGUUUGGAAGAAACAGGAUCUGAAUGCAUACGGCUUCCUUGCUGUUUUUGGAUCCACGCAUGGAGGAAUAACGCGCGUUUUUCCCAACAUAGCUGCUGAGUUGUGGGACGAGGAUCCAGAACCGUUUAAUUCAGAUUACUACAGAAGAAGCCUGGAUAACAAAGGCUACAUGUUCAGACCUUCACAGAGACCUUAUGAUGACCCUUUUGGGGCUGAAAACGGCACCACAGGAAUCCUGGUUAGUUCAGCUGUCGAGGUUGAUUUAGGAGGAAAACUGCUCAAGCCUUCAGUGAUUGGAGUGAAGCUGGACCUGGAGGCGUGGGUGGACAAGUUUAAAAUCCUGGCCAGCAACGUGUCAGAUAACCGACAGGGGUCACACAAGUGUGGACCAUCCAGAAGCUGUGAGAUGGACUGUGAAGUAAACACAGAUGACUUGCAGUGCUAUCUCAUCGAUGAUGGCGGCUUCCUCGUCAUGUCCAAUCAGAGAGAUCACUGGAAACAGAUUGGCCUCUUCUUCGGCGAUGUGGACCCGUUCCUGAUGUAUGCGCUCUACAACAACUCCAUCUUUGCUCGUCGACAGUCCUUCCAGUACCAGUCUGCGUGCGAAAUGGUCAGCAGAAGCCACACUGGAGCAGCGCCAAGGGGCAUCUAUGUGCCGUCCAUAAGCGAUGUCUUGAGCUUGGCAUGGUGGACAUCCACACUGGCAUGGUCUGUGAUUCAGCAGCUUCUCUAUGGACUUGUUUACAGCAGCUGGCUCCACCAAGAUGACAUCUUUAUUGAUGCCUUUGAGACAAAACAAAGCAGCUGUGUGACCAUCCAAAGCCAGUUCUACUUCACAAACACCACCAACUCCUACAACGUCCUGCAGGACUGUGGAAACUGCUCACGGCUGUUCCAUUCAAAGCGGAUUGAAAACACCAAUUUGCUCUUUGUGGUGGCUGAGACAUUGCCCUGCAGCUCCUGUGAGAUUGAGAAACUGUCCCAGAUCAAGAGGGAGUUUCAGGAGGAAAAUCCAUGUGAACUGCUGAGCAAUGCGCGAUAUCGUAGAGGUCCAACUCCCUGCUUUGACUACAGUGCCUUAGAAAACACGUCAGAGUGUGGUCGAGGUUCUUCAUUUCAGGCCUCUAUAGGAACCCUUCUCUUCAUUCAGCUCAUUCUCUUUCAUCUCUCACACAUCCAAACACUCUGACAUGUUCCAUCUCCUCGGAUUUAGGCUCGGAUCUACGGAAGGUCAGAUCAAACAGCAACUGUGAUGAAUUUUUUUCUUUUUCUUUCUUUUUGCUGACUACUCACAGUGUGUUGUGCUUUGAUUGGAAAGCCCUGUAACUGCCCCUGAUAUUUUUUUCCUGCCUUAUUGCUUAUCCAUUUCUUGGCUUUUUGAGGGCUCAAAUGCAAAAUCCUGGAAGGAAACGUGUCGAAUGCAUGCAACUUAACUUCGUUGAGAACAUUAGCUUCUAUUUCUGUUUUCCACAUUUAACAUUAAAAAAAGGUCACAGAGGCAGUCAAGGUUUACCUUAAAGAGGAGUGAAUAACAAUGAAUUAUAAACCUGCUUGUUUUAAUAUGCUUACAAUUAACUGAGAUCACAAAAGGUGUCAGAAGCACAUUAUGGAAAUGUACCAUUACAGGGGAAGUUCCUGCAUUCCAACUUUGUACUGUAUUUUAAAAACAUUGCAGCAUUUGUGUCUUACGGUUGUUUGUACAGAAACUGAUCUGAGGCAUUUAUCAUCACUGAAGCCUGUAAGUGUAAAUAUAAGAGUCAGGUGCUGAGUGAGCUUCAGACAAAAAGUUGUUGUUUUCUGUCCAGAUAGGACUCCUUUGGCAUUUAGUCAGUUUCAAUACCAAAUCAGCUCUACAACUGAUCACAUGCAUGGAAAACAGUGUGUAAAGCUUUGAAAUUUAUUUGAGCAAAGAAAAUCUGAUUUAGAAACCUAAUUUCAUGCUGUGGAAGUUUGCUGAACUUUUACUGGUGAAAAAGUAUUAAACAUAAAAGAUUUUCUUUAAGAGAAAAAAACAAAGCAAAAGAGAAAAACUAAACAGAUACAAUAAUGUUCACUUUAUCUUGAAUGACUAUUUAAAAUAAUUUCAGUACAAACAGGACCAAAAAUACAUUACGUUCAUCCGUCCAGUCACAGUUUAAACAUUUGGUUUGUGCAAGGUUGCUAUUUCUGGUGGCCAGUGCACAAGACAGUACCCUAAAAUCACACCAAAGAUCAAGUUAGUUUGGCAAAUUAACCAAACAUUCAUCAUAUUUUUAACAGAGGGAGUAAGACUGUAUAACUGCAUGCAUGGAUGCAGCAGGAGACAUGCAAAUGUGAAACAGAUUCCAGGAUUUAAACCCAAGGUCAUCCUCCUGUGAAAUAAUAGCACUAACAACUGCUUCACUGUGUGGCUGCUGAUUGAAUCUAGCUAAAGAAUAAAAUGGUAAAAUGCCCUUAAUGUGGGCUGGAACUCCUGGACAUUACUGUACCCAUUAAAAUAAGGGUUAAGGAAAGGAUUAUCCAACUAUGAACUUAUCUCUGAAGUUUUAGGAAGUCUACGUGAAUUUAAAGCUAAUGAAGAUGCACCCCACUUUUCCACUUAAUUAUUAUUCUAAGCUGUUACUACCACAGUUUUCACAUCCAUAGGUUUGAAACUAACUACACACCAUGUUUCCUUUGUGCCUGUUUCUGUUUGCAUGUUCAGUCCUCGUCAGUGUUCUCUCACUUCAGCACAAGAAGCUCAGUUAUUGCAGCUGCAGCUGGUUUCACAUGAAUGGUAGAUAUGAGCCUUAACCUCACAUUCACUGCAGUGUCUUUGACUCCAACUCUGAGGUUUGUUAAGACAGUUUGAGAAAUGUUUUCUGGGUCGAACAUGACAGGAUCCUCAACGACUUCCCUCUAGUCUCCAGGGCACGUUUUCGUCUUGUACUGUAUGUCUUUAAAUUGAGCCAGAUUUGACCACCCAAAGUUAUUGCUCCCAAAAUUUGACAGUUGUAACAUGGGAAAAGCCAAUAUAAUAAAAAAUAACAUAUGUUUCAUGAUACAUAUCAGUAAAAAAAUCUUUGCAUUUGGUUUUGUCAUAAGGUUAACAAUAGAAUUUAGGGGAAAGAUUUACAGCUGCUCAGUGGGUUUUUAAUGUCCAAGGAAGUAGAAUCAAACAAUGAGUGAUUGGUUUAAUAAACUAUCAAUGCAUCAGCAUAAAUUAUAACAUUGAUAGACAUAAUGGUAUUAUCCCCACUCUCUGCAUUCAUACAAUGUUAGAAAUGAAUAAUUCUCAAUGUGUUUCACUUAUACAAUUACUGACCGUGUGUGACUAACAUGUUUUAUGCAUUUGAGACACCUUUAUGUAACUUGCAUUGCCAAAAUGUUGUCAAUUUUGAAUUUAGAAUGUAGCUUUAGAAGGCUUUGGUGUUGUCAACCUCACAUUCAUGCAGUGCUUUGAAACCACAUCUUGAUUUUAUUUGGCAUGAUUCACUGUGGGAGAACGUUUGUGUUUUAUUAUGUGUACCCUAAGAGAGACUUCAGUCAGGAGUCUGAUUUUAUUCUGAACUGAGUUUAUACAAAUACAAGCUUUUUGGUUUGUGCUUGGUCACAACAUUUAUACCUUACUAUCACCUCAGUACAAGGGGACACUACAAUACUCUGACACAGCUUCACAUCUCACACAAACCCUAUAAUGCAACAUCAGCCAAUAAAUCCAGCAUAAUUGGGUAGUACUUAGGCAAAGGCUAGUAAACAUGUGGAUUGGAUUAUCUGUGAUUAAACAAAAACAUUAUUUUAACAGUUACAUCAAGUGCAUGUCAACCUGCACUCUAGUUAUUGCAUUACAAAGUUGCAACAUUUUAGUUACAAACUUUUUUUUUUUUUUUUACUGAUGAAUCUAAAAAAAACAUUCCCCAAUGUGAAGAGGAAAUAUCAUAUAUCAGAGAUUAGAGUACACAUGGUGAAAUCCAGAAUGAAUCUCCUGCAGUGAUUCACGCUCUCUUGUCUUUUAAAGUUGUUUUUUUUUUUCUGGCUGCUGACUUACCUGGGAUGUAUUUUAAAAGACCUUUCAAAAAAAGUACUUGUAAAUUAAUGUUUCUCUUUGUUAGCCUGGUGUUCAACCCUGCAGUGCCUUGCUGCACUAGUCAUUUUGGAUUACAGCAUUGAAUCUCAGCUGUGGACAUUCAGCGUGAAAGACACCCUGAAGAAUUGGAGCAGUCCAGCUUUAAAGCGUCCUAGGAAUACUAAAAGAUGCUCAUCGUGGACACUUUUAAAAGGAGCACAGUUGUGAAAGAUCACAGCAAGCGGACGCUCUGCAGAAACCCCCCGAAAUUCUCUGAUGGACAGAACCUUGCUGCCAUCCUGCUUUGUCUCAUUGAUUACUACACUGUGGUUCCGUCUUAAAUUAAAGAAUAGACUCUAGAUUUCUACUUAAUCCCACCAACACACUCAGUUUGUAUGUCAGACACCUAUUGGAAAGAUUUGCAUAUCAUUUAGGAGUAACUGAAUUAAAUGAACAAAUAUCUACUUUAACAAAACGGACUGUUUUGCAUCUCUUCUGGACCCAAGCAUGACGGGAACGUGGAGAACAACGAUCUUCUGUGGGUCUGCUGUAACUUAAGGGAACGUGAGUUUGAGGAACUUUGCAGCCUACAGCACAAUGUUGACUGAGGCAUUGAUUUACUUUAAAUGACCUGUAUUUACUUGCAUGAUAUUUUGGACAUUUUACAGAUAUGUGUACAUAGGUACUGAUGAGUAUUUUACAUUCAUGUCUGCAUCCAGCUCUGCAGGUCUGUGCCUGCACCCUUUUCAGAAAAAACUGCACGUGAAGAGGAGGCUGCAGAUUAAACUGAAAGUUUGACUUCAGUGAAGCCUACAGGGACUGACGGCAUAUUGAGGAUUUAGGUCUUUUGCAGCAAAUGAAAGCACAGAGUUUAAAGUUUAAAGUUAUGAGCAACAUACUGCCCAGUGAAAAUCUCUUUUAUGGAGAAAAACAAAAGAUUAAAAUUCUGUUUGAAACACUGAAUGUUAAUUAUGCGUAUCUAAGUUGUAUAUGAAAACAAUACAAAGGCACACUUUCAGACAUCCACCUACUUGCUUUGUUAAUGAGAAAUACAAUGUCAGUAUUGUUUUAUUUAUUUAUGCAAUAUUUUAUGUUUGUUUAUUUUGAACCUUUUAAUAACAGAUAGAAACUGAAUGUAUUUGAAGUUUCUGAGGGCACAGGGAGUCUAAACUGAUAUAUAGUAAAUUACCCUGUGUGUUUACGUCCUCAGAGUUUUUGGAAAACAAACAAUAAGAUUGUUUUUGCUGUGACUUUGCUUUUCAUUUUGCUGAUGUCGUCGUUUACUCUGGAACAUGUCCUCUCUUUGUGCCAGUCUCCAACACCACCUCAUUUUGUACAGACAGUGUGACAGUCAGCAGAAUAUAAAGGAUGAAUUUGUAAAGAUUUUGUCAGUCUCAUUAAGGAAUAGAAAUUUAAAUGUUUAUAUCUUUGGUGAUUAAAUGCUGUUGAUAUUUUUCACUUCA